CAGUGCUUCAAAUACAUCAGUGCCAAAGAGCAAUGGGCCAUGGGCUAUCCACGGCGGAGAUUUGCACUUGCUGGACAGUGCGAAAUGGACAUUCAGCUUCACGGCAGGUUUCUAAAGAGAAAGGACGCUGGCGCCCGACUUUACCACACUUGGUUUUGCACUUUGAUGUCAACAAGACCGUUGUAAUGGUGGACACGAUCCAAGGAAUUCCCACGUCCGAUGUUCUCAACGGGAUCCUAGCAGAAUGUGCCUGGGGCCGGGCCAAGCCCAACGGCCAUGGGCCUCCGGAGAAAGGAUGGCAACUGGUGGAGCAGAUGCCAAGUUCUGUCAGGCCAACGCAACAGCCCGAGUUGAUGAGCUACUUGGAGUACUUGGAGCAGUCCUUACCUGGCAAGGCCAAGGAGAUGAAGAAAAAGCGCGAGCAGGUGUGGAAGAAGUUCACGGAGCCUGGAGAGCCUGGUGAGCUGCUGCGACCACACUAUGAGAAUAUGGCGGCGCAGCUACAGAUGCAGGGACGAAUGGUGGGCACUGGCAUGGUGAUAGCAGCCUUCUUUGAUUUGGUUGCAGAUCUUGUCAAGAACGGCAGGAGCUUCUCCAUUGUUUUUCGGACCUUUGGGUCAGACCUGCCGGCAGUUCAAGCAGAGUUCAACGCCUUCUGCGCUGGGGAACAUCCCAGAUAUCCCGACCUAUGCUUGGAUGGCUCUGCUGAAGGCAAGCCAGACUUGCGGCUGACAAAAGAAAACACAGGAUCCUGGUAUCGGUCUGCAGACAACUGCAGUAUUGUUUGGGGUACUACUACACUUGAAGAGGACCUUCAUGCGACCAAAGGAGUCUUGGAUGACUUUUUGAAACUACCUGGCAACACCGGCCUCCUGUCCAGCAGGGGCUGGGAUGCAGUUAUCAAGGACCUGCAGACCAAGACAAGCAAACCAUCUGUCUUGGCCCUGAGGGACUACUUUCCCUACUGGCAGAAAGGCGGGCAGCAUGGACCUUAUGGCAAGCUGUUGCCAGUGGAUCCAGCGGACCACAGAUGUCAUCCGAUAUUUUUCGAUGACAACAUUACCUUGGAUGCCGAGGACACAAAGAUCGUUGACGUCCGGGACAAAACGGGCAAAGCACUCUGGCCACUCUAUGCUCAGCGCUACUAUAUCUCACGCGCUGAGCCUUUGCUGGCAGUCGCAGAUGACAACUACUAUAUCAGAAAAGUUGAAGAGAUAGAGCACAAUUUCCAACGAAAGCGCUUGGCCCGUCUCCGAUUGAGGGCUGCUACUCUCACGGUGUCAAAGAUGUUGAGAGAAGAGGCAGAGGCUCAGAAAUUCGACUUGCCAAAACGGAGUGGGGGCUAUGACCCUUGGGCUAAAUCCCGUGUAAGCAUAUCAAAAAUCCACUUCUCAUCUUCGAUCGCUGCGGCUGACGAAGAAGAACAUGCUUUGAUGGUUAAAUGACAAAAAAUAA